UCUCUUUUCCAGUGUGUAAAUAUGUGGCACUAGAGCUGAAAUCUGCCUUUGAGGAAACUGGGAAGACGAAGGAGGUGAUUGACACGAAGUAUGGCUUUCUAGAUGGAAAGGGAUCAGGGAUCAAGUACACGCAAUCGGACAUCCGUCUGAUCGAGGUGACCGAGACCAUCUGCAAGAGGCUGUUGGACUACAACCUGCACAAAGAGAGAACUGGCAGUAACAGGUUUGCGAAGGGAAUGUCGGAGACCUUUGAAACCCUGCACAACCUGGUGCACAAGGGGGUGAAAGUAGUGAUGGACAUCCCCUACGAGCUGUGGAACGAGACCUCGGCUGAAGUGGCCGACCUCAAGAAGCAGUGCGACGUGAUGGUGGAGGAAUUCGAAGACGUGAUCGAGGACUGGUACAGGCAUCACCAGCAGGAAGAUCUGGCUCAGUUUCUCUGUGCGAACCAUGUGCUGAAAGGGAAAGACACGAGCUGCCUGGCAGAGCAGUGGUCCAGCAAGAAGGGAGAUGUAGCAUUGUCUGGGGAGAAGAAGACCAAGAAGAAAGGUGGCAAGAACAAGAAGGCUGCAGAGAAGAAAAAGAGGAACAAGGUGGAGGAAGCACAAAGGCCCCCGGACCCAGGUGCUGAAGGGAGCUUGGAGGAGGAGGAGAUCCAGCCGAAAGCGUCCCUUGCGCACAGUGCAGCUGACGAGCUGUAGCGUCUGGGCUGCCGCUGUCCUUACGGCAGCCUGUGAGUCUGCCUGCGGAUGCUCUGGACACCUGGGAUACUGGAUGCGCUCUGGGGACUGUAUCGUCAAGCCCGCCACCCGAUUUACUGAAGGGAAACUAAUGAGAGCUCUUCCAAUGUAUUGCCCCAAGGGCGGCAGCCCCUCCCUGCUGGGCGAAGGUCUUGGCCAGUCUUGCCAUAGCUAAUCAGCAUUUCCGUGAGCAGCAGCACUGCCUGGAGGGCAGAUGUGGGGUGAAUGAGGCCGGCAGAGCCCCCUGGACAGGAGAUGCCUUCCUGAGUAUGUGGAGCGUGUUCAACUCCCGUUAAUACUCCCUGGACAAUGCGGAUCCUGCCUUCUGCUCCUCUCUCCUGCUGCCUCUUGCCCAGCGUGACUGCCGGGGCGGGGCGGGGAGGGGAAGCUGGUUGGCUCACGGAGGAGCCCUUGGAUUUGUCUGCAGCUGGAGCAGACAACGUGGCAGUGGCUUGUAGGCCAGGACAUGCUAUUCCAGGAGGCUGGGCCCAGUCCUGAACCCCCCCCACAUGCCAGGCAGCCCCACUGUGCUUCCUGGAGUCCUAUUGUGAGUUAUCCUCCCUCUCUGCAAGCCCCCCCCUUAGGACCGUUCCAUUCAGGAGCAGCUGUUCCAGCUCCCUGGCAGCCCUCAGUUUGGGCUGUCAGCAGAGGGGCCCUCGGCUAAUGCCCUGUUGCUUUUGGUCUAGCUUGUGCUGCCUGCACUAGGACGUGCUGUCGCUGCUGCGCUCUUGCUCUGCAGGAGAGACUCGGGGGUGUGCUCUGUGCAGCGCUUUGCUAGGUGGUGGCGUUCUCUGGAAGUGCCAGUAGCUGUUUGCACCCCCGCCCCCAAGGCAGGACCCGCCGUGGCCUGGAGUGCCAGCCAGCUCUCCUUGAAUGCUCCUCUUGCGCAUGCCUGGGAGCAUCCCGCCAGCGCAACCGCUUAUCUACGCACAUGGGGACCCCUGCUGGGGCGUGGGGUUAGGUCUGGUCCCGUCCGGCCGGGCUGAGCUGUGCUCUCGGCGCUGCAGUGUGCUGAGAUGGCGGCUCUGGGGGCAGCAGGCGUGUUCCCGAGCGCGCUCGCAUCUCGCCCGCGUGGGGCGCGUGUCCCGGAACGUUCCCGCGGGGUGAGCCUGGUGGGGCGGACCCUGCUUUGCAGGCCAGUGAGCGACUCCUGCUUCCCUCUCCCGGGCACCAGCACCGCCGUGCGACCCGAGAGGCUCCAGUCAAAGAAAACCCCAGGGGUCUCGUGAUGGGGGGGAUUGUUUUACCAGGGUUGUGAUGCAGGGCUCUGGCCCUGCCCCACGAGACGCAGUCGCACACAGCUUGGAAGAAGCGCGCUCGCAUCUCGGGCAGCUUUAUCGCACUUCCUGCUGCGAUGUAAUUCUGCAGGGUGGCCCACCCACUGCAGCGGGGGUGGGGUGGGUACGGCGGGGGGGAUGAAUGGGACUACCUGCUGUGACCGGAGCGUUUGUCCUCUCCGUUCUGGGCAGCCGCACGCAGGAGUCUGUCACCCGAUGCGAGGGCGUGGCCUCUUCUGGCGGUCUGGGCAGGCAAGCCCAGAGCCCGUGGCUGCCCACGCUUGCUCUGCUGGACGGUUCUUCUCGGCUCCCCUUCGCCCUUCUCGUCCCCACGCAGCCGCCUUGCCUCUCGUUUUUCUCUUGACAAAUAAUGGGGCUUCCCCUUGUCCCACGCCUGGUGUGGGACUGGCCUCUUCGC